GUAAGCUUCUUCUCUGCCUCUUUGGACUUUUUCUUUCCCCUCGACUUUGGCCUCCAAAUAUUUGUAGAUUACUAAUCAUUUUCGAUGAAAAUUACUAAAAUUUAAAUUAUAUUUACGUCGUCGAAGAGUGAGGGGCGAAAUUUUAAGGUGUGGGAUGCUUUUAGAUCUGCUUCUGUAACCUUGGAAAGGCACUCUUCAGCAAAACACUAAAAUAAUAACUAGAGAAGAAGAAGAGAAUGCAUGUAUGGUGUUGGUUGGCUAAUGGGGCUAAUAAUUCUUCCAUUCAUGCUUUCCUGGCCCUUCCUCUUUCCUUUCUGUUCAGAUGAUGAACAGCGAAUGUAUCAACCGAAGACUGUUCCUGGCUCAAGUUUAGUUUGUAACAACUCAUUAGCUCAUGGUCAGCAUUUAGAUUGUGGUGCUAGCCCAAUGGAUCCCAUAAGUGGAGGGAACAGUCUCACCAACAACCCUAAUCUUGCAUCAAAGCAACGAUUGCGCUGGACGCAUGACCUUCAUGAACGUUUUGUUGAUGCUGUAGCGCAACUUGGUGGGCCAGAUCGAGCUACACCAAAAGGAGUUCUCAGAGUAAUGGGUGUGCAGGGUUUGACAAUAUACCAUGUCAAGAGCCAUUUACAGAAAUACCGACUUGCAAAAUAUCUUCCUGAUUCUUCUUCUGACGGUAAAAAGCCUGACAAGAAAGAAACUGGGGAUAUGCUUUCUAAUUUGGAUGGUCCAUCUGGGGUGCAAAUUACUGAAGCUCUAAAGUUGCAGAUGGAGGUGCAAAAGCGCUUGCAUGAACAAUUGGAGGUGCAGAGACAGCUACAGUUGCGGAUAGAGGCUCAAGGAAAGUAUUUAAAGAAAAUUAUUGAAGAGCAACAACGUCUUAGUGGAGUCCUUGCGGAAGCACCUGGCUCAGGAACUUCAGUCCCAGCAUUGGGUGACAAUGGCGUGGAAUCUGACAAGAAGACUGACCCUGCAACUCCAGCCCCAACUUCAGAAUUCCCUCUACAAGAUAAGGCUGCCAAAGAACGAGCCCCUUCCAAGAGCCACUCUGUUGACGAGUCUUUCUCAUCUCACCAUGAACCUUUGACCCCGGAUUCCGGUUGCCAUGUUGGUUCCCCUGCAGGGAGUCCUAAGGGGGAGAGGUUGAAGAAGCAACGGGUGAGCAUGGCUGCAGCAUUUGCUAAACCUGAGAUGGUACUUCCACACCAGAUAUUAGAGUCAAGCAUUAGUGCCUCCCACCAACAAAUGCAGUCAGUUUUCAUGGGAAAGCAAUUUGAUCCUUCAUCUGGGGUGGCGAUUGGAAAUGAAGAUCAAUUGGGGAAGGCUUCAGGAACCGAGCUGUAGUUUUAUGUGCUUAUAUUUUACUCCACUUCAUUUUGGCUGUGUAUUCCAGGAGGAGAUUUCCGAUUAGGUAAAAAAAUACUUGUUAAUGUCUGAUUUACGCGAUAAUUAGGCUCAAGUAAAUCUGUCUCUUUAUAGUAAUUUUUCUAGCUUUCAUAUAGUGUACCAGAAUUUUAAUUAGAAAUGAGAAAUUAUUGUGAAAAAAUGGUGGCGUCUUGGCUCGCAUAUCCUGCAAUGUCUAUCAAAUACCCUGAUCGUUGUGUUUUGCUUGACGGUCUUGGACUUUGAUGGCUUUCAUUGUUUAUUGUCAACUAGCAUGGGUUCCAUUUGAUCUGUGGAUGGGUUGAUUGUAGAGCUAUCGAACGGGUUCGACAACUCAUGAUAUGACCCGAUUUGAUAUGAUAUGAAUUGUGUUUUGUAUGAUUUAUUUUUAUAAUUAUAUGUUAUGUAAGUAUGAUUCAUAUAUUUAUGUAUUGAUAGGUUAGAGAUUUUGGAUUCAUUGAGUUGGCAUGAUUUGAUUUAUCAAGGGUUAGUGUUAGCACAUGAUAAAUGAGUCAGCAUGAUAUGACAUAAAUACUAAUGUCUUAUAUUGUGUCAGCAUGACAUGACAUGUAAACACUAAUGUGUUAUAUUGUACGAAUACGUAAAUGUAAUAAAUGAA